UCCCCGGGCGUGCGGGCGGGGGGGAGACUCAGCCCCGCGCCCGUGCGCGCGCCCGCGGCCGGGUUGCAGGGCUGGGCGCGCGCCCCGCGUCCCGGGCAGGAAGAUGGUGGCGAGCGCGCGAGUGCAGAAGCUGGUGCGGCGCUACAAGCUGGCGAUUGCCACGGCGCUGGCCAUCCUGCUGCUGCAGGGCCUGGUGGUGUGGAGCUUCAGCGGCCUGGAGGAGGACGAGGCGGGCGAGAAAGGAAGACAGAGGAAGCCACGGCCACUGGACCCUGGCGAAGGUUCCAAGGACACAGACAGUUCAGCAGGACGACGGGGCAGCGCAGGCAGAAGGCAUGGGCGCUGGCGGGGCCGUGCUGAGAGCCCAGGAGUGCCCGUGGCCAAGGUGGUACGGGCAGUAACCAGCCGGCAGAGGGCCAGCCGGCGGGUCCCACCUGCCCCACCCCCAGAGGCCCCAGGCCGCCAGAACCUGAGUGGGGCAGCAGCUGGGGAGGCGCUGGUAGGGGCAGCCGGCUUCCCACCACACGGAGAUACAGGGAGCGUGGAGGGCGCCCCCCAGCCUACGGACAACGGCUUCACCCCCAAGUGCGAGAUCGUGGGCAAGGACGCGCUGUCUGCACUGGCCCGGGCCAGCACCAAGCAGUGCCAGCAGGAGAUCGCCAAUGUGGUGUGCCUGCACCAGGCUGGGAGCCUCAUGCCCAAGGCUGUGCCCCGGCACUGUCAGCUGACUGGGAAGAUGAGCCCCGGCAUCCAGUGGGAUGAGAGCCGAGCCCAGCCUGUGGAUGGCCCCCCGGUGCGAAUCGCCUAUAUGCUGGUGGUUCACGGCCGCGCCAUCCGCCAGCUGAAGCGUCUCCUCAAGGCCGUCUAUCACGAGCAGCACUUCUUUUACAUCCAUGUGGACAAGCGUUCCGACUACCUGCACCGGGAGGUGGUGGAGCUGGCCCAGCGCUAUGAUAAUGUGCGGGUGACGCCCUGGCGCAUGGUCACCAUCUGGGGCGGGGCCAGCCUCCUAAGGAUGUACCUGCGGAGCAUGCGGGACCUGCUAGAGGUGCCUGGCUGGGCCUGGGACUUCUUCAUCAACCUCAGUGCCACUGACUACCCAACCAGGACCAAUGAGGAACUGGUGGCAUUCCUAUCCAAGAACCGGGACAAGAAUUUCCUCAAGUCACAUGGCCGGGACAACUCCAGGUUCAUCAAGAAACAGGGCCUGGACCGGCUCUUCCAUGAGUGUGACUCGCACAUGUGGCGCCUGGGUGAGCGGCAGAUCCCGGCAGGCAUCGUGGUGGAUGGCGGUUCUGACUGGUUUGUGCUGACACGCAGCUUUGUGGAGUAUGUGGUGUACACAGAUGACCUGCUUGUGGCCCAGCUACGCCAGUUCUACACAUACACACUGCUCCCAGCAGAGUCCUUCUUCCACACGGUGCUGGAGAACAGCCUGGCCUGUGAGACCCUCGUGGACAACAAUCUGCGGGUCACCAACUGGAACCGCAAGCUGGGCUGCAAGUGCCAGUACAAGCACAUCGUGGAUUGGUGCGGCUGCUCCCCCAACGACUUCAAGCCACAGGACUUCCUCCGGCUGCAGCAAGUCUCCAGACCCACCUUCUUCGCCCGGAAGUUCGAGUCGACUGUGAACCAGGAGGUGCUGGAAAUCCUGGACUUCCACCUGUACGGCAGCUAUCCCCCCGGCACGCCAGCCCUCAAGGCCUACUGGGAGAGCACCUACGACAUGGCGGAUGGCCCCAGUGGGCUCAGUGAUGUCAUGCUCACCGCUUACACGGCCUUCGCCCGCCUCAGCCUGCACCAUGCCGCCACUGCUGCACCCCCACUGGGCACCCCACUCUGCAGGUUUGAGCCCAGGGGCUUGCCGUCCAGCGUGCACCUGUAUUUCUACGACGACCAUUUCCAGGGCUACCUGGUGACGCAGGCGGUGCAGCCCUCAGCCCAGGGGCCGGCAGAGACGCUUGAGAUGUGGCUGAUGCCCCAGGGGUCGCUGAAGCUGUUGGGGCGCAGUGACCAGGCCAGCCGGCUCCAGAGUCUGGAGGUUGGCACUGACUGGGACCCCAAAGAGCGUCUUUUCCGGAACUUUGGGGGGUUAUUGGGGCCGCUGGACGAGCCUGUGGCCGUGCAGCGCUGGGUCCGGGGCCCCAACCUCACAGCCACAGUGGUCUGGAUCGACCCAACCUAUGUGGUGGCCACAUCUUAUGACAUCACAGUAGAUACGGAGACCGAGGUCACGCAAUACAAGCCCCCACUGAGCCGGCCCCUGCGGCCAGGGUCCUGGACUGUUCGACUCCUUCAGUUCUGGGAACCACUGGGUGAGACCCGCUUCCUUGUGCUGCCCUUGACCUUCAACCGCAAACUACCUCUCAGGAAAGAUGAUGCCAGCUGGCUGCAUGCGGGACCCCCCCACAAUGAGUACAUGGAGCAGAGUUUCCAGGGCCUGAGUAGCAUCCUGAACCUGCCUCAGCCGGAGCUCGCAGAGGAGGCUGCCCAGCGGCACACACAGCUCACAGGCCCUGCACUCGAGGCCUGGACAGACAGGGAACUGAGCAGCUUCUGGUCUGUGGCCGGACUGUGUGCCAUAAGCCCCUCUGCUUGCCCCUCCCUGGAGCCCUGCAGACUGACCAGCUGGAGCUCUCUGUCCCCCGACCCCAAAUCAGAGCUGGGACCUGUCAAAGCAGACGGGCGACUCAGGUAGCAGGGCCCCAGCCAGUACCCGUGGAGAACCCGGGGAAUUGCACCUUACAGACAAUGGAGGGGUGUCCCCUCCCACAGGCAAGAACCAGAGGCCCAGGCUGCACACCCAUUCAGCCAUCAAGAACCCACACAGAUGACAGGGUGGACACAGUAUGCACUACUGCUGAUGUCUCUGCUGGGGAUCAGAGGGCUGGCGGGAACGUGAGAAGGGUGCCAGCAGCAUUCCACACCCAGCUCUUCCUUGCCUUCCUCUCUAGUUUUUUUUUUUUUUUUUUUUAACUUAAAAAGGAAAAUGGGUGGUGGGGGGAGAAACUAGAACAGAAGAUGUGCAAUAGGGCUCAGAGCAGCCCCAGGAAGUGGGCCAUGUCUGUGGGGAGCAGGGGCCUGCCGAGCCCACCUGCUAUUGUUCUGGAUGAGGCUGGGCCUGCCUCACUCUCCAGGGCCUCAUCCCCCAGCGUGGGCCUGUGGUGCUCGUGGCUGAGGCUCCACGAGGGUGCAAGUGCCCUGCCAGGCUCUAAGGCCUGAAGAAUAGGUGAUAUGGGGGGCACUGCAGAGCUGGGCUCUAGCAGGACAGUUAUUUUGUAGCCAGGGGACCCUGGAAGUGGGGUGGGGCUGGCUCCAGGGCUUUCCAGCAUACCCUGCCCCUGGAUGGGAAAGGCAGGGUCAGGGCCCACUGAGAGCCAUGCAGAGUUUCCCAGGUGAGCACUGGAAGUGUGAGGUCACACGAGCAGCGUGGGAAGAAGACUCUGUCAAGACUCUCAGAAGAACCUGGAGUAAUUGUGCCUGAAGCUCAGCGUGAAGUCUGAAAUAUGCAACAGAAGAAAUAUAUCUCUAUCUCUCU